AUGAAGGAGCAGGGCCUUGGUGAAAAAGAUGACUGGCAGAAUGGUAAUGGUCAAACUCUCAGUGGCCUUGGAAGAAUCGAGAAUGACCUUAGCGAGGAAAUUAAGAAGUUGCCUCAACAAACCGAAAUUAUCAGAAAAGCCGCAAUACGAAUAUACGCCGAGAUUGCAAAUGUCAAAAUAGAUAUGGACAAUGUCUUCAAUCCAUUUGACGUCAUGGACCAUUUGCGUCGGUUGGGGAAAAAGAUCGGCACAAGUAAAGAUGGAUACAGUGACAGCCUUCAAGCAAUUCAAAACAUGAUCAGUGAUCUGCAAUCCGGUGAUUUUACUAAUAAACCUCAAGCCAUCGGAGAUGCCAAGCAAGAAAUUGUAGAUGAACUUGGAAACCUCAGAACUACGCUGGAAGGCACUCAAGGUCAAGAUGUCAUUGAGACACUGAACGAUUUGCAGAACAAUGGACUAAGUGAAAAUAGUUGGCAUCCUAACGGUAAAAAUGAAGAAGGCCUUAAAAGCAUCGAAAAUGAACUGCAGCAUCAACAAAGUGAGCUGUCCGGCCAACCCAAGAACAUCCGGGGUGGCGUCCAAGAUAUCACCAGGGAGCUUCAAAGGCUUCAGAAGCAAUUGAAUGAACAGGUCACCGAAAAGCUAACUAAGUUAAAAAGUGACGGCCUUGGCAAUGUAGCAAGUUGGGAUAUUGACGAUAACUCCGCAAAAGGCCUCACUCAAAUCACCACAGAAAUCGUUGCCAUAAAAACCAGGGACGUGAGGGACAAACUCAAGGAGCUGUGCCGUGCCAUAAGGACGGAAGCAAACGAGUUAAGCAGGGACUUAAAGCGUCUGAAAGGUGACAGCCUUGAUGAGUUGACUGGAAUAAAAGACCAAUUGCACAACCUGCAGAUCCGUCUGGUGAGUGGGCCAAUUCAGGCCUGCAAGGAGUUCAUUGACAGGGAGGCCGACAAGUUCGGAAGGGAAUGCAUUGCUUUCCUCCACGCGUUCGUCGACGGCCAAGUGGCCACUGCAAUCGACGACAUCACAGCCUUCGCCAAGCAGCAGUGCGCCGCCAACAUCAAGGAGCUUUUGAAGUUGUUCGCCCAGAAGGUGGGAGAGGAGCUGCGGGAGUUGCCGUGGGAGAUCGACAGUGACCUGAGACUGGAGUACAAGGGCCUGAUGGCCCGAGUGGAGGACGGCUUGGAAAAUACUCUAAACGUCAAGAAACUCAAGGAGUCAAAAAGCCUCCCACCGCUGUCCUCCGCUUUCAUGCGUUUCUACUCGUCACUCGAGGACCACGUGGACAGGGAGAUAAAUCGGUUCCACGACGAGGAGCAGAGGAAGAAAAAUCCCAAGCGGCAGGACGCACAGGAGUAUUCCACUAGGCUCUCCGUGGCAAACGAGGCACUCCACACAGUGCUUACUUACAUCAAGGACAACGAUACCUUCGACCACAGACUCCGAGCGCUGCUCCGCAAACUCACCGAAGCGCUGAGUCACCUGCGACCUGAGAGCUUCGCCAAGCCCUCUACCCCCGUGCUGGACGGCCUGGUGGAGGGGCUCACAAAGUUCGCCGACGAGUUCACAUGUGCGUACGUCUCCGCCUACGCCGGGCAGACGUUCACCGAUGAAGAAGGUGAGAAGUGCGCCAAGGUCUUUCUCACCAUGCUGCCCACACUGUGCGACGCCCUGCACAGGCUGGCGGAGCAGUGCAAGACUGGCGGCAGCUGGAGGGAUUUGCAUAUUAAUUCAAGCAGUCAACUCGGCACGUUCCUCCAGCGCUGCGGCUACAGGGUCUCCACCUCUCCCUCUGACCAGGACGGCGAGCUGCGCGACGACUGCAACGGCCGCGACGUGUUUGUCCUCGUCACCCAGAACAUUAGGAAUACCGAAGACAACGAACACCUCAAAAAAUGCCUGUCCCUCACACACGCCUGUAAUCUCUUACAGCUCCUCAAAUGCCUCUGCACGCACCUCCACCAGUACUACCAGACGUGCCACCUCAAGGUGCAUCCCUCACCCCGGCCGCCGUGUUCCAUCUACGAGAUGCUGACAUGGUGCUGCGGGCUUACGUACAACGCCGUGUACCUGGGCCUCAACUCCGAAGCGCUGCCCUCGCUGUUCGAGGCGGAUGAGCAGGGCUCUGCGGACUCCGACGUGUCCCUCACUGACCUCGGCAGCCUGGCGCUGCCCGCCCACCCGCAGCACAUCUCACUUCCCUCACCGACGCACUCACGGACGUCUGCCACACGUCGCAUUCAGUGCUCACCACGUUACUCGGCCACGGCCACGCAGGUGGCAUAUACGCCUGCGACUUCAACACCAACCCGGCAGGCCUGCUCUACCCCGGCGACGCCGACGCUUUGCUCUGCCUGCUGUACGAUGUGCUCAAACGCCUCCACCAACAGCUGUAUCUCCUCUACCGCCGGUGCCUCUACAACGCCCGGCACGGCGGAUGGCUCGACUGCUGGUACGGCCGGGGCGUCGGAGGCUCAUCGUGGCGGUGCAACACCAUGCAGUGUGCCAACCAAAUAUGUGACCAACAGUGCAACCAAACACACAACCAAAUAUGUAACCAACGCUGUGACCAACACCCUAAGUGCGGCCUUAAGUCGCCGCUCCAGUCGUUCCUCGAGGACGGCCUGGCUGGCCUCCCGUGCCUCCACAGGCCGACACAUCAUGGACGUUCUCGGCGCCUUCUGCGGCGGCGCAUCGUCGCCCCUCACCAGGCUGUGCGACUUCCUGAAUUGCCUUUUCACCCGCCCGCCAAGGACGCCAGACGACCUGUUCGCCUUUUACUACAAUUUCCUACGUGACUGGACUCAGAACGUCGAUCACCGUAAGGCGGCCUUCGAGGGCGCCGUCGGCGACGCUUGCUUCUGGCAGCGGGGCGUCACACUGGACGUCAGUACAAUCUUCCGCACCAAGGACCAUGGCUCCGUCACCAACAUGCCGCACCUCACCGGGGACCUCUUCUCACUCGUCGAGUGCAACGGCACUCCACUAUCUCCAGCAUCACACCCCUGCGGCCCCUACCUCAAGCCACUCGGCCACGACGUCCGCGCCACCUUCUCCAAGGCACACGCCCACCUCUACCUCUCGUGGAUAGUCUACCUCACGGAGACUUUCUACAACUACCUCAAGGAACUGCUGCAGGACUGCGAGCGCAACUGCGCCUACGCCACGUCCACCUGCCACGCCAGGAGCUGCGCCAACGACUGCACAGCCAGGCGACGGCCACUGGCCCCGAACUCCAGGCACCAUGAUUCAUGCCCCUCCAUCGUGGACUGCGACUCCACCACGCCCACACUCUUCAAGUACGGCUUCGUCCACAGGGACGCCCACAGCCUCGCCGGAUCCACCAGAGGCCCACAGUCCAAGCGCACCUGCGAGGAUCUCUGCACGGCGCUCCAAGUCGUCGUCAAGGAAAUGAACCCUCUCCACAGGCUGGCGCACGACACCAUCCCCGAGUACCUCUACCGCAUCCGUGCGCCCUUCCUCUACACCAUCACAGCACUCUGGUCUAUCGCCACGCUCUACAUCGCCCACACGAUGCUCUACCGCAUGGACGUGCUUCGCAUCCGCUCCCAUCUCCUCACCACCAGGGCAUCCCACCUCAUCGACGUCAAGGCGCUGCUCGCCGGCAGCCGCAGGAUGCUCUCGCUCUACAAGGACGUCGACUACUUCGACGAUGACUUUCACUCGUGA